CAGGGCAGACUGCCGUGCUCAGCCCGCACUCCCAUUAACCGCUCGGAAAAAUGACAGCACGGAAGUCUGGCUCUCGGCUAGAGACGGAGAUAGAAAGAUGCCGCUCAGAGUGUCAGUGGGACAAAAUACCGGAGCUGGUUCGACAGCUGUCGGCCAAAUUAAUAUCCAACGAUGACCUGGGCGAGCUACUUCUGGCAGAAUGUAAGCUCCAGACGUACCUGAAGGAGAACCCCAUUAAGCAAGGUGCCAGCCCAAGGGGACCCCGUCCCAAGCUGGUGGAGGUCAGGAAACACCUGACAGCGGCCCUGGACAGAGGGAACCUCAAGUCGGACUACCUGCAAGAGGCCAGCUUGCUGAUGGCUAAACUCUGCUAUGUGGAGGGAGAGUACAGAGAUGCCUUAGGGCACUAUGGCCGGGUUAGUUUGGACGAGCUACAGCUGGCCGGAGCGCCUGUCUACAGGCUGUCCAUAAUCGCAGAAUCCUACGCUACUAAAGGGUUGUGCCUGGAGAAGGUCCCGACAGCCUCUCCGUCGCUGUCCAAUAACAACACGGGGUCGCCGGUGCUGUCCAAUAGGAGGGCAAGUGAGCGGGACCAGGAAAUCAUCACCUGCUACGAGAAGUCAGGAGACAUCGCCCUGCUCUAUCUGCAGGAGGUCGAGAAGGCGUUGUCAGCCGGGAUGCAGAACCGCAGCCCUAAGCCGGGGCCCGCGGCCCACGACCAGGAGCUGGGCUACUUCCUUGAGACAGGCCUGCAGAGGGCCCACGUCAUCCACUUUAAAAACGGAAACUUAACACGGGGGGUCGGCCGAUUCAGGGAGAUCCUACGGGCCGUGGAGACCCGGACCACCCAGAACCUACGCAUGACCAUCGCCAGGCAGCUAGCAGAGAUCCUGCUGAGGGGGAUGUGUGAACAGAGCUACUGGUCUCCGAUGGAAGACCCGCCCACUGUGUCCCCAUUGGAUGACCCGUCACAACAAGGACACACCCACAGCAACAAGACCUACAGCCUCAGCCGCCGCCCGAGGAUCUACUCCGGAGAGAAUCUCUUUUGUCCUCAGGAAAACACUGAGGAGGCCUUGCUGCUGCUCCUCAUCAGCGAGUCCAUGGCCAACCGAGACGCUGUGCUGAGCCGGAUCCCCGAGCACAACAACGACCGCAUCAUCAGCCUGCAGUCUGCCUCCGUGGUCUACGACCUGCUCACCAUAGCUCUGGGGAGGAGGGGCCAGUACGAGAUGCUCUCUGAGUGCCUGGAGCGAGCCAUGAAGUUUGCCUUUGAGGAGUUCCACCUGUGGUACCAGCUGGCGCUGUCGCUGAUGGCGGCUGGCAAGUCGGCGCGGGCCGUCAAGGUCCUGAAGGAAUGCAUCCGGCUGAAACCCGAGGACCCCGUCAUCCCGCUGCUGGCCGUCAAGCUGUGCAUCGGACCCCUCCACUGGCUUGACGAAGGGGAAUGCUUUGCCAAGAUGGUGGUGGACAUGGGGGAGAAGGCUGCAGAGUUCAGGGCCAAGGGCUACCUGGCUGCCGGCCUGGUGUACAGCCUCAAAGCCACCGACGCAUCCCUGCGAGGCACGCAGGAGGAAUACCAGAGAAAAGCAUUGGGAGCGUUCCAGAGAGCACAGAGUCUAUCUCCCACUGAUCACCUGGCGUCUUUCUACCUGGCGCUGCAGUUGGCUGUCUCCAGACAGAUCCCUGAGGCGCUGGGCUACGUGAGGCAGGCCCUGCAGCUGCAGGGGGACGACGUCCACUCCCUCCACCUGCUGGCUCUGCUGCUGUCCGCCCAGAAGCACUACCACGACGCCCUGAACAUCAUCGAGAUGGCCCUCUCCGAGUACCCAGAGAACUUCAACCUGCUGUACACCAAGGUGAAGCUGGAGACCCUGUGUAGAGGACCGGAGGAGGCGCUCCUCUCUUGUAAACACAUGCUGGAGAUCUGGAAGAGCUUUUACAACCUCACCAACCCCAGUGACUCGGGGCGUGGCAGCAGUCUGUUGGACAGAGCCAUAGCAGACCGACGACAGCUCAACGCCAUGACUCUGCCUGACUUCAGCGACCCAGACACUGGUUCGGUCCACGCUACGUCCAUCGCGGCGAGCCGCGUGGAGCAGGCCCUCUCCGAGGUGGCCUCGUCCCUGCAGAGCAGCGCCCCCAAACAGGGACCCCUGCACCCCUGGAUGACCCUGGCCCAGAUCUGGCUGCAUGCAGCCGAGGUGUACGUGGGGAUGGGUAAGCCGGCCGAGGCCACGGCGUGCACCCAGGAGGCGGCCAACCUCUUCCCCACCUCCCACAACGUGCUGUACAUGAGGGGCCAGGUGGCCGAGCUGCGCGGCAACGUGGACGAGGCCAAGCGCUGGUACGAGGAGGCGCUGUCCAUCAGCCCCACGCACGUCAAGACAAUGCAGCGGCUGGGUCUGAUCUUACAGCAGCUCCAGCGCUACAGUCUGUCAGAGAAGGUGCUGCGAGACGCCGUGCAGGUCAACAGCACGGCCCACGACGUGUGGAACAGCCUGGGGGAGGUGCUGCAGGCGCAGGGCAACGCCGCCGCCGCCACAGAGUGCUUCCUGGCCGCCCUGGAGCUGGAGGCCAGCAGCCCCGUGCUGCCCUUCACCAUCAUCCCCCGGGCGCUAUGAGACGCGCACACACACACACACACACACACACACACACACACACACACACACACACACACACACACACACACACACACACACACACACACACACACACACACACACACACACACACACACACACACACACACACACAAAGCUGCAGUGUCACACCCAUGAGCUCAAACUGUGCGAGACGAUUUCACCUACAGCAAAAUUACACACACACACUCACACACACACACACACACAUACAAAUGCAUUCUUGACUGCCAGGCCAUCUUUAGAAACACAGAAAUACGAAGCUGAAACACAACGGCAUUCAGGAUGUGUUCUUAACCCGGCUGUGUCACCCUU